CUCUGUCUCUGAAGCGUAAAAAACCAAAGGACUCUCAUCUCCCAUUCACUCUCCUCUGUAUGUGGCUGCUGAGGGGCUACUCUCACAUUUUUUAAACCUCUCUUUUUCCCUCACAGUUCAUAUUCCUCCUCCAUUUUCAGUUAAUUUUGCUUCUCCACCAUCUAAAGGAUGAAUUGGUGAUUGAAAAAAACAACUGGAUUAUUUUUUUGUUUCUCCUGGUUCUUGAGGAGGCAGCAUCUUUUUAUUUUUUUUACCCGGAGUCAUCUUUGUUCUUGUGCUCCCAGCUGCUGAGUAUACACUGGCUGCUAGUGGGGAAAUAGGUUAGUGUGUCUGUUGGAUGCCAGGCAGCAGAGGUGAUUGAAUGUGCAGUGCACGGACGAGACGAAAGAGGAGGGGGAUGCCUUCCCAGCGGUAGUGCUUUUGUAACCCUGUGACCAUUCGGGAAGAAGGAUGCUCUCACCGAACUCUCACCUUUAGUGGAAGUGUCAGCGUCAGAAUAGAGGGAGACAAAGCAAAAAAGACGCAAGACUGACUGACACAACAGUUACAGACAUUUCUUUUCAUUGUUUUGAAGUCGUGGAGCGGGGCUGACCGGUGUGUCUGCUGCUGCUGUGUGUGUGGACACCAUGGACAUCAACCUUCAGUCUCACAGAUUUUACUUCCCCCAGAUCUACUGUGCUGAACCGGGGGCUCAGCCGCAGCUCGCUGAGUUCAAAGUCAGUGAGCAGAGUAUCUGCCAGGCGCGGGCCUCCGUCAUGGUCUACGAUGACACCAGUAAGAAGUGGGUGCCCAUCAAGCCUGGACAGCAGGGAUUCAGCCGCAUCAACAUCUACCACAACACUGCCAACAACACGUUCAGAGUGGUGGGCGUCAAGCUGCAGGACCAGCAGAGGAGGAGGAGGGAAAGUAGCCGAAGGCGAGAGAUGGUCAGCGGGGAGUGGGUCUGUCAGUGCCUCUGUGUCUGCUACAGCCGGUUCCUCUUCUUCAGCAUGUCAUGUCCAGCUGUCCAGCGCCAAGUCCAGAAUGGGCCGAGUUCAGAUGAGAUAGAAGUUCAGAGAGCAAGGCAGAUGAUGGAGCAGCAGCAGCAGAUGCAGGCGCACAUGGAGCGGGAGCGACGGACCUCCAACUCAGGUUCUCCUUUCCAAGGCCACCCUGCUGUGCUCUCUGUGGCCCCACCAGUAGUACCUCCCCCAAUGAACAUGGGCGGCCCUCCUCCCCCUCCACCACCGCCGGGACCUCCACCACCCUCAGCAGGGGCACCCCAGCCUCCUCUCCCACCGCCACUACCCAUGGGUGUUGGGAGUCACGGGGAUGAGUCGCCUGGGCAGACGGGACUCGCCGCGAUGAUCGCUGGAGCCAAACUGCGUCGCGUUCAGAGACCCGAGGACAGCUCCUCAAGCGCCAAAAACGAUGCCAACCGAACAAGUGGAGGCAGCGGAGGACUGAUGGAGGAGAUGAACGCUCUGUUGGCACGAAGAAGGAAAGCAGCCUCAGAGAAGCCGGAGGACAGCCAAAACGAUGAUCCAAAUUGUCCGUCACCCAGCACCCGGGGUGGACAGAACGCCACAGAUGGUGCAAAAAAGCCGUGGGACCGAGCCAACUCUGCAGACAGGUCCAUGGUCUCAAGGGUACGGCCCGUGGGGAGUGGCAGUGACACAGACGCAGACCUCGAUAGAAUGAAACAGGAAAUCUUGGAAGAGGUGUUCCGUGAAUUGCACAAAGUGAAGGAUGAAAUCAUCGAUGCCAUUAGACAUGAACUCAGUCGAAUUAGUACGACAUAAUCUCUCAGAGCUGCUCCCCGACAUGAACCACCUUUUCGAACCCUUGCCCCUGAAGCAGCUGCUGUGGCCCUGAGGAGGAGAAGUCAGGGACGAAGGCCCAAACUGUGACAUCCACUCACCCUGUUCAGCUGUGGUGUUGAAGCAAUGCAGCGACGUUGAUCUAACACCUCAGGCGUGUCUGUGUAACAUUUGGUUUGUGUGUUUGGAGACAAAGAUGUGAAUGGGGCACACUUUCGCACUGAUUCCUCUGAUUUAUAAACAUUUUCUGUCCGUUUGUCAGACCAGCUCGCCCCUCUGUCCUCGGCCCAAAGGAAAAUAAUAAAAUGUAUAUGAUUUUAUUUGUCUUCUGUUUGUUUUUUUAAUUAUUGCUAUCAUUUUCAUUAUUAUUGCUAUCAUUUUUAUGAUUGUCUAUGUCAUGUUAAUAUGAGUAGUAGUAGUGUAGCUAGUACAAUGGUAACAAUGAGGAAAUGAUAAUGAGAAUAUGAUAGUAACAAUAAUGUUGAUAAUUAUCAUUGCACAUCAUUUUACGUCGGCCUUUUGUAUUUUAUAUUGGUUCUUUUCAUUUGGUUUGGUUUUAGAUACACUUGCAAUCACAUUCCAAAAAAUAUUUCUCAUCAUAAUUCCCAGAACAUUUAAAAAAAAAAAGUUUUUUAUCCUUUUGGCCAACACAGCUAUGUAUGGCAGAAAAAAACAGGCUCAGACCUGAAACCAAGGGUGGGAUAAACUUCUUUGGAUAUUGCAAUCGUAUAAAAAAUGAAAUAAUACACCAGAGUAUUUGUGAUCAUGUUGUUAAUAAAAUGUUUAUUGGCUGCAAG